AUGAGGAGUAGCUUAGUUGGGCAGCUUCAGGCUCUUUCUUCUACAGUUACUAUGCUGGCAGUACCAUCCCCUUCUUUAGCAGCUACUUUGUCUAUUGCUUUGGGUAGUCAAAGUGGGACAAUUGACGUCAUCGAUGUCUCUGCCAAUGCUGUUGCUGCAAGUUUUGAAGUUCAUAAUAUUACAGUUUCCCUUCUAAAUUCUCAUAUCUUGACAAUAUAUCUCUACUUAGUAGAAUUUCGUCAAAGGGGAAAUCGACAUCAAACCGGGCAGAGAGAUGCAUUGACUCAAGGUCAACUUAGUUUAAUGGCUUUUGAGCAAGAAGACUUGUGGGAAAGGGCUAAUGAGUGUAUCCCUUGGCAUGGGAAAUUGGAGGGUGAAGAAGCAAUUCAGAACCGUGUGCAUGAGCUUGUCACAGUUGGAAACUUCGAAGGUGCUGUCAGUUUAUUGCUUUCUGCUUCUCCAGAGUCUCCAUACUUCUACCCAAAUGCUCUACGUGCAGUUGCCCUUUCUUCUGCAGUGUCAAGAUCUCUUCUUCAGCUGGCACUUAAGGUUGUUGCUGCAAAUGUGGUCCGAACUGACCGGUCACUGUCUGGCACCCAUCUUCCCUGUGCUGUUGGAAGGUAUCAGGAAGCUUGUUCACAGCUACAAGAUUCUGGAUGCUGGACUGAUGCUGCUACUUUAGCUGCAGCUCAUUUAAAGGGAUCCGACUAUGCAAGGGUCUUACAAAGGUGGGCAGAGCAUGUCCAUCAUGCUGAACACAACAUUUGGAGGGCUCUUAUCUUAUUUGUUGCAUCCGGGUGAUCCAGGAGGCAUUGGCAGCCCUCCGUGAGGCACAGCAGCCCAACACAGUUGCUAUGUUUAUACUGGCAUGCCGUGAAAUUCACACGGAUUCAUUACUAAUUUAGUGGGCUCAGAGGAUGAAUCAGGAUCAUCAAUCAAUGAUUCAGUAGUUUACUUGCCUGGUUUAAACCGGCAAAUGAUGAUGUUAUUGCAGUUGGGGAAUAUUUUGGGUAGUACCAAAAGAAAUUGGUGCACCUAUGCAUGGACGCUCAACCAUUUUCAGAUGAAACCAGCUAUAACCCAAAAUUGUCUCAAAACUUAGUUUGGGUCUUUUGUUGAGAGAAACAUACAACCUGAGUGCUAGCAGAAUGGUCCUCUCUCAGCCUCUUAUGCCCCAAGUUGUCAAGAUUUUCCUUGUAUUACAGUCCAGUAAUCGGAGUACGCACACCGAUUUGUUUUGCAGCGGAGCCAUAGCAUGGUGACCGAUGGUGAACCCUCGGUUAUGUAGAAACCAUUAA